AUGAGUGUUAUAUAAAAUACUUCUUAAGAAAUUAGAAUUAAUAAUCUUUAGACAGAUUUAAAGUAAUUGUCAACAAAUACAAAUUUAUAUAUGCUUUAAUCAAAAGAUGAAAUUGCUACGUUAAAUGAGAAGUUAAAUCAAAUAAUAAAUUAAUAAAGUCAGAAUACUUCUGUAAAUAAUGAUUCUAUUGUUAGAGCAUAAAUAUUAUCCAAGAGAAAUUGAAUUAAAGAGUAGAAGAAAUUUUUAUUGAACAUGAAGCAAGUCUUAUUAGUAAAAUAAAAGGAAUUGAAGAGUAAAAAUUAUUGUAACAUGAGGAAGAAAUAAAAAAGAGAGAAGAAAUGUUCAAUAAAUUUAUAUAGCUGGAUUAAUAAGUAGAUAAAUUGGAUAAAAAAUUUGAAUUAAAGGCCAACGAUAAGUUUAUAGUUAGUACAAUAUAAAAUAAUCUAAUGAAUAAUCAAUUAUUAUAACAAACAUUGAUUGAAAAAUCUAUUAAAUUAAUUGAUGAUCUAAUGAAAUAAAAAAUUGAAGAAAUGUAAAAAUGGACAGAUGAAAAAAUUUAAUAAUAAUAUUAUUAGAUAUAAAACUUUUCAACUUAUCUUAGAAAAUCAGAAAGAGUUGUAGAAGAACUAUAAAGUGCUAUUACACUUACCAAAAAUUCAACUAUAUAAUUUGAAAAGGAAUUUACAUAAUAGAUCAAUGAUAUUUCAUAGAAAAAUUAAAUUUUUAAGGAUACCAUUUAAAUGCAAACUAAAGGGUAAUCAUUCUUAACUAUUUUAGAAUGACAACUCAAAGUACAUAAUUAAAAUAAUAAUUUGAUUAAUUAGAAUAAACUCUUUAAAAUGAGUUCAAUAAAAUACAUUAGAAAUAAGAACAUAUAUAAUCUUAAAUUUAAACAGGACUUGAUUCAAUGAAUAAUUAUAUUCAAUUUUGUUUGGAUAGUUCAGAGUAAAAAGUGUUUUCUCAAUGCAAAUAAGAAGAUUAAAAUAUAAUAGAAAAACUUACAAAUUACUUUGAGAAACGAUUUUAAACAAUUCAAGAAAAGACAAUCUUUUUAGAACAGGAAAUAAAUAGUAAGGCAGAAAUUUGUAAUUAAACUAAAGAUAAAUUAAAUAAUUUUUUAAAAGGUUAAUAGGUUCAUUAACGGUUAUAUCAAAAAAAGGAUGGAAUGCCUCAAUAAAGUUAGAAAUAAAGUACAAAGGAUUAGUUAUUAGUCAUUGACAAUUUAUUUAGAUAUAUUUCAUAGAUAUAUACUUAAAUACAUAAAUCAAUCUAAAUACAAGAGAAUGACUAAUAUUAAACUAUUCAAGAAUCUACUAGACAUUCAUAAUCUUGUUCUUAGGUUAUCUUAAUUGCAGAACAAUCAAAUUCAACAUAAAAAAUAAAUGUAUCUCCAAAUAAAAGUCCAGAUAGAAUAGAAAAAUUAAAUACAGAAAAAUAGGAUGUAAAAGAUUUAAGAACAUAAAUAUCAUCUGUAGAUAGAAUUCAUGGGGAGAUUCAUAAAAAUUAUGAUAAAAGUCCAUAUCCUACCAUAGAAAAAUAAAACAAAGUAGAUAAAAUUGGUGAUGAGAUAUUUAGUGAUUAAAAAAUUUAAGAAUCAAAUCGCUAUCCAUUAUUAGUAGUUGGAAGAAGUAUAAUUAUAAAUUAUCUUAGCUUAAUUAUUGGAUAUCAGACCUUAAUAAGAUUUAAUGUCAUUGUAAUAAAAGGUUAAAAAGGUUUAAAGUAUUUUAGGAGUAGAUUUACUUGGUUAAAGACAGUAUAAUAAUCCUUAUUAAGCUUAAAGAUGUAAUUCUGCAUAGAAAAGACUUCCUAAAAUUAGUUCUAAAAAUUUAAACUUUAGCAUAGAUUGAAAUGAAAUUUAUGUUAUCGACAUUAUCAUCAUACUCUUUAAAUAUGUUUUAAACAAAUUAAUAACUAUAUAAAGAAUAAACUAUAUAAAUAAAUUUAAUUUUCUACAUGCUGAAUUUAAAGAAGCAUUCUGAAUAAGAUGUGGACUCUUUGAUUGAGUCAAUGCUUAGAUUGAUUGAAUACAUGAAUAACAACCCUUCUAUAAAACGUUAAAUUUUUGAAUCAUUCAAUUAAGAAGAUUUAUAGAAAAUUUUGAAGAAUUUGAAUGAAAAAAAAAGCAUUACUCUUCGUAAAGUUUCUUGCAUAUUUUUAUGUAUUGUACUUUAGAAUGAAGAGAAUUGUGAAAAUUUUAUGAAACUUUGUGAUUUACUUCCAAUCAAUUCUAAGAUUUCUUUAAAUGGUAUUCCUGAAAAAAUGAGUUAAUACAUAACAAGUGAUUUGUUAUAAAAGCUGAAUUAGGUUUAACCUUCUGAAAAUAGUUUAUGUUGGUUCUAUACAUUAUAAAUGGCAAAAGAAAAGUUACCAAACUUAGCUUAUUUUUAACUUAACACAAAAGAAUUGAAAAAAUCAAUUAAUGAUUUUAUCGAUCCUUCUGAAUGCAUGAUUGGAACUACUUAUAGAAAACUUCCCAUAAAGCCCCUCUAAACAGAUACUUAAAAUUGGAGCAAUAGAAAUGAGCAUCAUCAUAAAAUGAACAUUUCUCCUGUGAGUAAAUAAAUGGCUUCAUUAAUCUUGCCUUUAAAGGAAAUAAAUAAUCCUAAAUAUUAUUAAAGAUAUGUCGCUAAAUCUAUAAAUUAAUAGUAAUUUAAAAACAUACUUUCGAAUACAGCUAGAGCAGACACAUCUUAUGAUAAACAUUAACCAAGAUCAGAAAUUUUGAAGAAUAGGUAUUCAUGA